CACACACCUGCAACACCAGUGUGGGUCUGGAACAGAGGAAUAGGGAUUAACUUGACAUUGGUCUGUCACAUCACAUCUUUCCUGUUUGUUGGAAGGUAAGAAGAUGGCUGUGGAUAAGCAUAUCAAGAAGUCGCUCUUCCUCUUCAUUCUACUGUUCUGGAUCGGUGGCUGCGCUAUUCUUGGUGUCUCCAUCUACCUCAAAGUGAGCAAGAAUGGAAACGUGAUAAUGGAUGAGGCAGUGCCGUUUGUAGACCUGCUGAUAGCUGUUGGCGUCAUCAUCAUGGUACUGGGCUUCCUGGGCUGCUGUGGAGCCAUUAAGGAAAACCGAUGCAUGCUCAUUCUGUUCUUCAUCGGACUGCUCCACAUGUUCAUCCUCCUGUUCAUCGUCGGAAUCCUGGGAGCUGUCGGAGAGAAGAACGAGGAAAGGCCAAUUUCUGACCCCAGCGUUGACCACACUGACUUGUGCAAAAUUGCAAAAGGACGCAAAGGGUACUCAAAGCCUUGUGCCAAGUUUGUGACUUUCUUCAUCGCUUCUCCUUUUGGUAUCGCAGCCUUGAUGGUAAGAAUCCAAAAGUCCAAUCUCUAUAACAAAGCCUGUAUUAAUACACUAUAUUAUGUACUGUACCGGUAAUAUAAAUGGAAUACA